UUACAGAAGUGAAAUGAAACCAGCCACUGACCACUCAAAGAAGUAUCCACCUCUUAGACUUGCUGACCUGUGGACAAACUGCUCCAUGUUCCCACCCUGUAUGGAAAACCUGAUGACAGAGCUUAGGGUACGACAUAGACUGAGGCAUCAUGACCGGGUGCAGCUAACUCUCUUCUUAAAAGAGCUGGGUCUACCAGUUCAUGAGGCCUUGUUGCUAUGGAAACGGGAAUACUCCACCCCAGUGGCCAAUGGUUCUUCCAGCUGUCAUCAUGGUUGGCAUGGUAACGAAAGGAGAUAUAUCUACAAUAUACGUCAUUUGUAUGGCCUUGAGGGAGGACAUGUUAACUACAAGGCUCAUAGCUGUUCAGCGAUUCAGGGGAGAUCACUUGGUUGUGUUAGUGCUGGUAAUUGCCCUUUCAUGAGUUCACAAGAGACAGCUGGAGCAUCAAAUGGGGCUUGUGGUGUUGUGUAUGACCAGGCUGUGACCAGGACAAAAUGCCAGAAGUAUUUACAGAAGAAGCUGCUUGCUUAUAAACAAGCCAUUACACCCUGCUGUGGGGAUGUCAGUUGUAAGAAAAUUCCUCAUUGUAGCUCUUCUGAAACAAAACAUAAUAAUGGCCAAUGUUUAGUUGAUAAAAAGUUGUCUACAUUUGGCCACAAUGUCAGGACUACCUGCCAUAGAAAUAUAAAACCAAAGCUAGAAAUGAACACAGACAUAAGUUCUGGUUAUUGUGGUGAUGAGAGUUUGAAGAAACAAACUCUGCCCAAUGUAUUAUUACCUGAAGUAUUAAUGUCCAACACAGUUGUAGAACCAGUUCUGGCUAAAGAAAUCUGUACAUGUUCCACUAAUAUGAAAUAUUCAUGUACAAAUUUAUCUGGCACUUUAAAGAGGCAUUUAAGUCUUGAACACUGUGAUACUUCAUGCACAUCUGUAAAACAGCCAAGAGUAACAACACAAAAAUUAUCUUCAAAUAUUAUUGACCCUGAAAUUCCAUCAAACAAAUCAAGUGGAUGUAAGAAAACUUUGUACCAAAUGGAUGAUGUUAAAUUGAAGCUGAACACACUGAAGACUGAAAAUGUUGUGGAAAGCAGUGAAACAAUUAGUAAUAACAAAUUACCAAAGAUGGAGCUCUCUUGCGAGGAGGUACAAAAUGUAAACAACACACCACAAACACAAGGAUCAGGUGAAAUGUGUUGCUGUACUGUUGACAUUAAGCAGACUUCACACCUUAAAAAACCCAGUGAUUUUUAUUUUCAGUGUCUGACCUUGACUUGUAACUAAUGUCAAGAGCAAAUAUUAUGCAUAAUUGUAACAUAUUUCUAUAUCUUUUAAAGACUAUAUUUUAUAUAAAUAUUUACCAAAAUAUUUAUUUAAUCAUAUUUAUUAAAAAUUGACAUAUUGUUUUUACACUUACAAAAUUUUUAUUUUAAUACGUAAGAAAGCAUAAGCUUGUAACAUAUCUUUUUAAAACCUUGUUUACUGCUAGUUCACUAAAAACAAUCCAGGACAUAUGUUGCUAAUGUUAUACAAAUUUUAUCUUCCGUAAGUUUUUUUUUUAAAUUUAUUUUUAAAACAAUGGUUUAAGAUUUAGU